UACUGUACAGAAGGGUGUACAUUCCUGCCGAGAUACAAAAUCCACCAAUAAAGAGUUGAUUACAUACGUGUGUAUUGUGUACAAUUGUACAUAUAUACCUGGCUUUAUCGGAAGGAUAGGUUGUUGGGUACGCCUCUUGAACGAGUGAUAAGAUUAGCCAUUGUCUAUAUUUCUGCGUUUGCAGAAUACAUUUCCAUAUUGCUAAAUACAUCGCUGGUAGAACAAUCUUUUAUACAAAUUGACCACACCCGGUCAAAGAAAAGAGAAAUGGCUUCAGAACUUCCAUCAACUUUGAACAAUUUGUUCAGUUACAUCGACAGUCAUAAAACGGAAUAUAUAAAUAAUCUGCGUGAAGCAGUGGCCAUAAAAUCGGUUUCUGCAUGGCCAGAUCAUAGAGAUGAGACAAUUAGAAUGAUGAAAUGGGCGGAAGUUAGACUAAAAGAUCUUGGAGCUACGACGGAAUUAGCAGAUGUAGGGAAACAAACUCUUCCAAAUGGAGAUCAAAUACCACUGCCACCAGUAUUGUUAGGAACUCUUGGAUCAGAUCCAAAGAAAAAGACUGUGCUUUUAUAUGGACAUUUAGACGUUCAACCGGCAAUGAAGAAAGAUGGUUGGGAUACUGAACCAUUUGUUCUUGUGGAGAAAGAUCAAAAAUUAUAUGGCCGUGGAAGUACGGAUGACAAAGGUCCUGUGCUUUGUUGGAUACAUGCAUUGCAAGCUUAUAAAGCUAUUGGAGCAAAUAUCCCUGUAAAUCUGAAGUUUGUCUUCGAAGGUAUGGAAGAAGUUGGAAGCGAAGGUUUGGAUGACCUAUUGUGGGCACGUAAAGAUACAUUUUUAGAAGGUGUAGAUUAUGUCUGCAUAUCUGAUAAUUAUUGGUUGGGCACUAAAAAACCUUGUAUUACGUACGGCUUAAGAGGUAUCUGUUACAUCAACAUUGAAGUAACAUGUGCCAGUCAAGAUUUACACAGUGGUACAUUUGGUGGAACUGUGCACGAAGCAAUGGCUGACUUAAUUUAUUUAAUGAAUACAUUGGUUGAUGUUAAUGGUAAAAUCUUAAUAGAUGGUAUUUAUGAUGAAGUGGCUAAGAUCACAGCAAAAGAAUUGGAUGAUUAUAAAACAAUAGAAUUUGAUGUAUCUGAAUUCAAAAAAAAUGUUGGUACGAAUAAACUAGCUCAUAACGAAGAUAAGAUCCAGCUUUUGAUUCAUCGUUGGAGGCAACCCAGUUUAUCCCUUCAUGGAAUAGAAGGUGCAUUUAGUGAACCAGGUGCAAAAACUGUCAUUCCAAGAAAAGUUAUUGGCAAAUUCUCAAUAAGAUUGGUGCCAGAUAUGACUGCUGACGGAAUUAUUGAAAAAGUAACAACAUAUUUGAAUAAAAUGUGGGCUCUUAGAGGUAGUCCAAAUAAAAUGAACGUUAUUUUGGGUCAUGUUGGAAAACCGUGGUCUGAAAAUCCUGAUCAUCCACAUUACGUGGCUGGGCGCAAGGCUACCAAACAUGUUUAUAAAGUAGAGCCAGACUUAUCGCGAGAAGGUGGUUCGAUCCCAGUUACUCUGACAUUCCAGGAAGUAACGGGUAAAAAUGUACUACUUUUGCCAGUUGGUGCUGGUGAUGAUGGAGCUCAUUCUCAAAAUGAAAAAUUGAAUGUCCGCAAUUACAUCGAGGGAACAAAGUUACUUGGCGCUUAUUUGUACGAAGUAGCUCAAAUUAAGUAAUUGAAGAAGCUCGUAAAAUCAAUAACUUUAAGGAGAACGGAUAAUGGCAAAAUCGUUUUUAUAUAAUGUAUAUAAACCAUACAAAAUAUUGUUCAUAAUAAAACAGAAGAACUUCUAAAACUAUGAUUGAUAUAA